CCGCGGCACUUUGUUAUGAAGAAUUCAUUACCUUUUCAUUUUAGCCUAGUAAUAUAGUAGUAAUAAUGUUGUUUUAUAAAAAACUAGUGUCGUUUUGUUGUUAUAUUAUACUCCAUUUAAUUUUGUUAUAUUAAUUGUAUUUUGACUAUUGUGAAAUAAUUUUUAAAAUUUGUGAUUUUAUAUUUUAAUUCUACAAAUUACGGGAUUAAGCCGAAGUUAAUAAAAAUUACUUAUAAUGUAAAUAAUAGUAAUAAUAAUAAUAAUAAUAAUAAUUACUGACUAAAUAUUAUAACAUAUAAAUUAAUGCAAAAUUGUUAAUUAAAUCCUAUUACAACAAAGUUAUUAUGUCUCAAAAUCAUAGGCCCUAUUAAUAUUCAAUAACAUGGAGUAUAUUCUAAUGAGAAUAGUAUUCUUCAUUACAUAAGUGAUGGAUUAAAAAGUCGAGCCAAUUUUGCGUCAUUUUCUGAAAUUCAAUUCCAGUCAUUUCUGCAGAUUGUAGAAUUAGUCACCAAUUUACCGUUUCCUUUGCGUUUGCUUCAUUUUUCAAACAUUUUUUUCAAUGUUCUAAUUAAUUGCAUGCCUAUAAAAAUCCAAGCACCGUCACAAAACUAUCACACACCAAAAAAAAGAUGCAUUUGAGCGUUAUCUGCAAUGCAGCGAAGGUGUUUGCGUUUAUGCUUUGCAUUGAUAUAGUGUCAUCUGAGCUGCCAGCUGAUCAGGUUAGUGCAAUGACUAGUAUUUACGAUAUCAUUCACAAUAAUACUGCUGUGUGGAAUUCUGUUUCGAAAACUUCAGAUCCUUGUUCAUGGAAAGGAGUUGGUUGCACCUCCAACAAUUCCUUUAUAAACACCAUUUCUCUAAAAUCAUCUUCAAUUUCCACCUCUGAGUUCCUUCCCUUUGUUUGCAAUAUUCCCACUUUAGAGUCUCUUGAUGUGUCCAACAAUCAGCUCAGCUCAAUCCCAUAUAGUUUCUUCACUGCUUGUGGAGAAAUCAGUGGAUUGAAAGAGCUGGAUUUUAGUGGGAAUAGGUUGCUUGGCUCUUUGCCUACUUUCUAUGGCUUUCCAAUGCUGGAAAGAUUGGAUUUUUCUGCUAAUAGGUUCUUUGGUGAGGUUGGUUUGAAGCUGGAGAUGUUGGAUUCACUCAAGAAUUUGGAUCUUGGUUGGAAUAGGUUUAGAGGAAAGAUUCCUACAAAUCUUGGUAGAAUGAAUCGUUUGGAGACGUUUGUGUUGGCAGCCAAUUUAUUCAGAGGUGAACUUCCUGUGGAAAUCACAAAAUACAAGAAUCUGAGAGUGAUUGAUUUCAGUCAAAAUCAUCUCUCAGGCUCAAUUCCAGUUGGAUUUGGGGAGUUCACCAAGUUGGAAAUCAUGAUUCUGUCUUUCAACUCAUUGAGUGGUGGGAUUCCAUCGUCUCUUUCGAAUAUCACAACCCUCCGUAGAUUUUCCUCCAAUAGGAACACCUUGAACGGGAGUAUUCCAUUGGGAAUGACUUCGUUCCUUUCGUCUCUGGACCUCAGCUACAACGGCUUGACAGGGGGCAUCCCCUCUGAUCUGCUGUCGGGAGCGAAUCUUGAUUUUCUAGACUUGUCUUUCAAUGACUUGGAGGGUCCUAUUCCUGCAAUUGGUUCGAUGAAGCUGAACUUGUUGAGGCUAGGCAGCAAUUCUCUUAAUGGGACGUUCCCAUCCGCCUCGUUGGGGAGUCGUUUGGGAUAUUUGUAUGCGGAUAACAACAGCUUGAGUGGUGAAAUACCUCUGGACUUGGGCGUGUUCAAGAACCUGAUCCACUUGAACUUGGCCAACAACGGAUUGGGAGGCGCAUUGCCUCCAUCUUUGGGCGAUCUCACUAGUCUUGAAGUUUUGAAUCUUGAGUCGAAUGGUUUCGUUGGCGGAAUCCCACCACAGAUAAUUCUGCAGUUGAAUAGACUGGAGAAGCUGAAUAUCGGAAGGAACUUGUUGAAUGGCUCGAUAACAGCCUCUAUUGGAAACUUAGCUUCUCUGAUGGAACUCCAGCUGGGAAGUAACCAACUCAGCGGGGAAAUACCAGCCAUGCCCGAAAGACUGCAGAUCGCUUUGAAUCUCAGCCACAAUCUCUUCCACGGCCCUAUUCCAGAUAGUCUAUCGCGACUGCAGAACUUGCAAGUUUUGGACCUCUCAAACAACAGACUUUCGGGUGCCAUACCAGGCUUGCUUACUGAUUUAAGAAGCUUAACUCAGCUUCUGCUGGCGAACAACAACCUCUCUGGGGUUGUCCCUACGUUUGGAUCUCGUGUUACAGUUGAUACGGAGGGAAAUAAAGAUCUGAUUUGUGUAAGAGGAAAUCCUGCACCCGAAACGCCCCAAGGGGAGAGGAAGAAAUCAUCAGUUGUUAACUCAGAGGUGGCGAUUGCUGCUGCGUGUGGAUUUCCCGUUGGUUUAUUGAUUGCAGUGAUCGCUAGAUUCAUUUCAAGAAUGUACCGAAGCAUCAGUGGAAUUCUGCCAGCUCCGAACAGCAUCCACACCCCAAAUGUCGAUUUCAAGAAAGCAAUGGAGGCGGUUUCUGACCACUCCAAUAUCACAUUCAAGACAGCAUUCUCAACUUUCUACAAAGCCGUGAUGCCUUCGGGAACAACUUAUCUGGUGAAGAAGAUCAAACAUACCGACAAAAUAGUCCGGUUUCCUCAACACAAGCAGCUUGUGGAGGAGCUGGAACACUUCGGCAGCCUGUCCAAUCCCAACGUGAUGAUCCCGGUCGCAUAUGUCUUGACACUGAGGAGAGCCUACCUCUUCUAUGACUUUGUCCGAGGCACACUCUAUGACAUUCUCCACCACAGAACGGGAAACAAGCUGGACUGGCCAAGCCGUUACAACAUUGCUGUCGGAGUCUCAAAAGGCUUGGCCUAUCUCCAUGAAUGCACCUUCGGUCCAAUCAUUCUCCUGGAUCUCUGCAGCAAAAGUAUCCUGCUGAAGUCGUUGGACGAGCCUCAAAUCAGCGACAUCGAGCUGUGCAAUCUCAUCCCUCCUUCGAGUAGCGAAUGCAAGUAUGGUAGCGCGACGGCAGCAGGGAACGUGUACAGCCUCGGAGUCGUGCUGCUGGAGCUCGUGACGGGUAAGCCGGCAGUGGGUGAUGGAGAUGAAGUGGCAAAAUGGGUGUUGAGUGUCUCAGAAUGGGAUCAGAUUCUUGAUUCAAAUGUGUGUGAGACAUCAAUUGGUGUAAGAAGGGAAAUGGCUGCAGUUGUUGAGGUUGCCAUAGCAUGUGUUAGUGUCUCACCAGAAAUGAGGCCUAAUGCUGUAAAUGUGGUGCAAAUGUUACUAAAUACAAGACAAAGUGAUGCUGUUGAGGAUUGAGAUGUCAUAUGCUUUUUAGUGCGGAUUUGAGCAUAGUAAAAUUGGGAUGUACUAUUUGUAUAGUGUUUAUGUAUGUUUUAUUCGGUGUAAAAAGUUGA